AUGGAUUAACAAUAAUAAGAUUAAGUUUAAUAUACAACUUUUGAAAAUUUGUAAGAUUAAGAGAUUUAGAAAAAUGAUCUAAGUGAUUGGAAAUAACAAUUUUAAUUUAUAGACAGUUUAAGAGCAUAAAAUAAAUUUCAUAAUGAUUAAUUUAAAAUUUAGGAAUGGUGGGAUUAACUUUAACCAUUAACUGAUAGUAUAAGAAGUAAUGUAUCAAAAAAUGCAUUGAUGUUAAUUAAAGAAACAAGUAUUAAUAAUUAAAAUAUUAAGUCUAACACAAUAAUGUUUAUGAUGAAAAAAUUCUGCAUAAAUUAUUUGAAAAAUGUGAAAGUGAUUUUAAGUUUUUAAAAAAUGAAGCAUUACAAACACUUGAAAUUUUAUCACAUAAACCAUACUCUGAUGAUCUUAUUUAGAUUUUGUGUAAUAUCACAUUGUAAUCAAACUAUGUAAAAAAGAAGAUUUACAAUAGAAAUUACAAACCCAUUCUUAUCCUACCUUAGUGAAAAUAGUAUUAGCCUCUGAUUUUAAUUGUGAUUGGGAUAAUAUAAUCAAAGUUACUUUAUAAGUUUAUAAUGGCAAAAGUGUUGAGUGUAAAAAAGCUAGUGAUUAAUUAUACUUGGCACUUUAAAAAUAGAGACCAGAAGUAUUGGAAAAAGAAGAAUAAUUAAAAUUGAUAGGAGAGAGAACCAAAUAAAAAGGACCUUAAUAAGGAUUUAAAGAUUUCUUAUAAAAAUAAAAGAAAUGA